ACAGUUAGCUGACGCCAUUCGUGACCCACAGUGUGUUCCCCGGCAGAAUGUCCACGUGCGUGCGCGGUGUAGCGUUGUUGGUGGUUUGUUUGCUGCUGCUAGAAUCUCGUGCCUCGGACAUACUGAACGAUGCGCACGUGUACCGUGCCUUCGCCUCGUACGAGGUCGUGCCGGAUGUGAUCGACGAAGCACCCGACUGUUGGGCCCGGGUGUCGUUUAAAAGUGGCCGCCAGGCAGAAGGAGGUAAUCGGCUAACUCCAACACAAAUACGAAACCCUCCGGUUGUGAGCUGGAACGCGAACGAGCGUGCGUUGUACACGCUGAUCCUGACCGAUCCGGACGUACCGUCACGGGAUGAUCCGCGCUAUCGGGAGUUUAUCCACUGGGCUGUGGGGAACAUCCCCGGCAACGAUAUCGAUCGGGGUGAAACGCUCGUGGAGUAUCUGGGAGCGGUUACGCCACGGGGCACAGGGUUGCAUCGGUUCGUGCUGCUGGUGUUUGAGCAUCUGCAGAAGCUGGACUUUUCGGCGGAACCGAGGAUCACGGCACAGUGCGGUACGGUGCGGCGAUACUUCUCUACGCGCAACUUUACGCGCAAGUACGAUUUGAGUGGCGUGUACGCGGGCAACUUCUUCCAGACGCAGUACGACGAUUACGUGAACACGCUGCAGGCACAGCUGCGCGAAUGUGAGAGCGAGCGUUCGCUGAACGAACUGAACGGCGCGCGCAAUGGAACCGUUUUCGGUGGGCCGUAGGUGGCAGAAGGGUUAGCCCAGUGCUGCCACUGUUGCUUGGUAGGGGCUGCGACGUGUGUAAAUGUGGGGAAGGGGGUCUUCAUUUAUGGGGAAAAGUCGUGUGUGUGUGUGUGUUUUGAGAAGUAAAUAGUUUUUUUUUAUGGUGGAAUCAGUAGUUGUAAGAUAAACGUAACAAAAUCAAAAUUUCUUCCAAAAAAUCUCAGCUUGGUUCAGCGUAAUAGAAAAAAAAGAAUAGUGGUGAUACAGAUAAAUAGACAUCCAACAAUAACAUUGAUGUAUUCAUUAUGUUUUGAAAGAAUUGUGUUGACGGUUGAACUUAGAAGAAAAGAUAAAAUUUAAAUAUCAUCAGCAUGACCAUCCCGUACCGGUAACCAUAGCAACGGCCUGUGAAGCUCUACAAGUGAUGUGCGGUAACCGACAUUUGUAGGGUUUUCCCAAAAAGCUUGUUGAAGCAAGAGCAUCCCCAACGAACAGUGAAAUGUUAUUUAACGUCGAAUAAAACUU